AUAAGCCGUUAGCGUCCUCACCGCUGUUUACAGCAGCUGGCUGCUAAUGGAUCCAUAUUUUAUUGUUUUUUAGGUUGUGUUGGUGAAUAAACACCUGGUUUCUAACCGUGUAUGUUAGCUGUGUUAUAUUAGCUUCAGCGAUGGCUCAUCUGACUGAAAACCCCGCUGAUAAAGAGAGGUUCAUCUGCGUUUAUCCCGUCUACAUCAACAGUAAGAAGACGCUGGCUGAGGGCCGCAGGAUCCCUGCAGAGAAGGCGGUGGAGAACCCGUCCUGCGCUGAGAUUCGAGACGUGCUGACGGCUGCAGGGAUGAACGUCUACAUGGAGAACAAGAUGCAUCCCCGGGAGUGGAACAGGGACGUUCAGUUCAGAGGCCGGGUCCGAGUCCAGCUGAAGCAGGCGGAUGGGAGUCUGUGUCAGGACAAGUUCCAAUCCCGGAAGGAUGUGAUGUUCUAUGUGGCCGAGAUGAUUCCCAAACUAAAGACUCGGACUCAGAAGAGCGGAGGAGGCGACAGCAGCUCCCAGCAGAGCGAGGGAGGCAAGAAGAGCAAGAAGAAGAAGAAGUGAGGUCCUCCGUCCCGCUUGAUCUGAAGUAGAGUCAGAGUCUGACGUCGUCGGUGUUCCGGACUCGAUCGGCGUUCUUCCUCACGCAGGUCGACCUUAUCGGCUCCACCUCAAUUUAAAAACUGGAUUUAAGUUGUUCAGGAGGAGAAGUUUGGAUUUCAGGAGGAGAUGGUUCAGAAUGUUUGCUUUGGAUCACGUUUCUACAGAUUAAAGCUGAUUUUUGUUUCUCAUCA